GUUGGGAAAAACUAUGUAUCCUCAGAGUGGAAGCAAGAGCUAAUUACAUUUUCUGAGUUUCUAGAGAGGAUCCAAUCCGAUGACCAUUCUGUGCCUACAUAUUUGGCUCAGCAUCCAUUGUUUGACCAGGCAAGCACACCAUAUUAUAUGGAUAUAAAAGAGCUAAGGAAGGACAUUGUUAUUCCCGACUAUUGUUAUGCUGGUGGUGGUGAGCUCAGGUCGCUCAAUGCUUGGUUUGGCCCAUCUGGGACAGUGACACCAUUGCACCAUGAUCCGCACCAUAAUAUUCUUGCUCAG